AUGUUCUUCUUCUUCGUAGGAGGGUUACAGCAAGAGGUGCGGCAGGUGCUGAAAUCCGGUGUGAGCAAGUGCACGUACUGCGGCCACCGCGUCGAUCUGGUGAACUCCGACAAGGUUCUCAAACUCUUCUUCGUUCCCGUGUGGCGGUGGCCGGCCAAGGAUCCUCUAUUCCAUUGCGCCAAUUGUAAGAACUUCUUCCCCUACAAUUACUCUCUGCCGCCAGCCGCCGCCGAAUCGGCGGUACCUGAAGCCUUGCGCUGCCGCUUCUGCGAGCGCGCAGUUGAGGCCGACUUCCGAUUCUGCCCCUUCUGCGGAUCCGAACUGUGA